GACUGGUACCUACCUACUUGGUAGGUGUUUAUAAAAUCUUGUAAGAUCUCUGUGUUGUAAGAUAAACAUAAGUUAUAAUUAUUAAAAAUAUAAUGUGAUCAGUGAAAAAACGACAUCUUGCCCAUAUCAUAUAUUAUGAAAACUGCUACUUGUGUUAGUAAAGAGGUGAUAAUAAACAAAUAUGUCUAAUUUGCCGGUUGUUAGUAUCCAAUGUGAUUGGAAUGACGUUCUAAGAUUGCCGCAUGGUAAAGCCUGGAUAUCCUCAAAAUAUUUGAAUGUGAAUAGUAUACAUGAUAAGAUAUCAGCAUCCCUUGACAAAUCUGAAGUUAAAGUUAAGCUACAUGUUCCAGAUACUUUCCAAUUAAUUUCAUAUUCAAACCUAAGUCUUGCUUUAAGACAUUUUGAAUCUGGCUUAAAGGUAGCUUUUGUGGCUCCGACGAAAGUACAUAAUAUCCACAAGAAAGCAAUUAUCUCACUAUGUGCAGCAGAUAACUUCUUAACUGUAUCAUCAUGUGAAGAUGACAAGCUUUUAGUUUGGGAUAAUAGAUCAGGUGAUCAAAUACUUGAUUUGAAGGGUCAUGGAGGACCAAUAUAUAAAUGCAGAUUCUUCCCAUCUGGUAUAGUUGUGAUCUCUGCUGGGGCGGAUGGUUCGUCCAAAAUUUGGUCAGCACAAUCUGGAAUCAACCCAGUGACUCUAAAAGGCCAUGAAAUGGCUGUUAUGGAUGUCUGCAUUAUUGAAAAGGGAAGAAAUGUUUUAACUGUUAGCAAGGAUGGUACUGCAAAAUUGUGGGAUGUUGGUGAAUCAAAAUGUUUGGAUGAUGUGAUUAAAGACCAGGGUCCAAUCAAUUGCUGUGCUCUUGGUAUCACACAAGAAGAAGUGGCAGUUGAGAAUGAUCGAGAGAUUGGAACAGGGAAUAAGAUACUUGUAAUAGGUUGUGAGAGUGGCAGGGUAACAGCUGCACAUGUUGCAAAAAGGGAGCAGAUGUAUCAGAAAAAAUUAGAUUCCGCCUGCAAUGCCUGUAUUGUGGUCAAUCAAACUAUCAUUGUUGGUUGUGCUGAUGGAAAGAUCAUACACAUGAAAUUGGAAAACGGUGAAAUAAUCAAAGAAAUACACGAAUCAGCCAGCCCUAUCUUGUGUCUUGCAACCCUAACAAACAACUUAUAUGUUGUUGGGCGUCAGGACGGAAACUGUGCUGUACUGUCUUUAACUGAAGGCCAUGAAACCAUAAGGGUUCAGUUGACAGGGUCUGAUUGUGAUGGCAUUAGAGACAUAUCAUUCAACGGGAAAUGGAUUUUCGUCGGCUGCCGUGACACCAAUGUGAGGAAAUACGAUUAUAAUCAACUAAGUGUACACUUUAAGUGACUCUAGGUGUAAAUAAGUGAAACACAUAUUUUGUGCUAAUAUUUAUAUUGCAUUUUCAUAUCUUGAUGUAUCUUUAUAUGUCAAUGUUUGUGAUAUCAGAUAGAAGAUCCUAAAAUGCUUUAUAACAUUGACAUAAUCCUUGUUGAGGAUAUGGAGUCUUUAUCUGAAAUACAGUAUAAAGUAAGUAUA